CGACAAUCCGGGGAAGUCGAACAUAUGAUUUGCAUCUCUCUUGUCGGAUGCUCACAAUGCUCUACGACGCAGGUUGAUCAUCAUGUCGGUCGCGUCGCAGCGAGCCCUCGACUACCUCGAGGGGCAGCCCGGUAUUAUCUUCAACAGGCUAUACCAGCAACCUUCGACCGCCUUGGCCAUCUUCAGGCGCAUGUUGCCGCACUUGGCCAAGAACCUGGUCAUGGCUAUGCUGUUCAUGCCAAUCCCACUAGCCGCCUCCGACCUCGAAACAUGGGUCAAGCCGGACACGGGCAGUGUGCGCGCACGCGAUCAGUCGCUCAACAUCCUCCUUAGGCUGAAGGUCCUCGAGGAGACUCGCAACGAUCAGAACAGACCGGCGUAUCAACUUAACAAGGCCUUCCGAAAGUCUCUGCGCCUGGCUCUGACUGGAGGCGGAGAUCAUCGCUCUUUCGGUGUACCGUCAAGUACGCCGGACAAGAACGAAGUGACCAUCGACUUUCUCGACACGUACGCACGCCAACAAUGGGAAAGCAUUUUGUACUACGUCGUCGGUAGCGCUGGCCAAGGCUUGGGCGGUGCGGUCAACAUCACCGCAGGAACAAAAGAGUUGCUGGAGAGUGGAGGUUUCGUCUUGACCAAGGGCAGGAACGCAUACAUUACUCGCGACGGCUUCUCUUUCUUAUUGCAAGAAACGAACGCUCAGAUCUGGACUCUUCUCAUCGAGUACCUCAAGCUUUCAGAAAGACUUCAAAUGGACGCUGUGGAUGUUUUGAGUUUCCUCUUCACGCUUGGUUCGCUUGAACUGGGUGUUUCUUACACGACAGAAAACCUUACGCCGACACAAGCCCAUAUGCUGGACGAUCUCUCGGACUUUGGUGUCAUCUAUCGUCGUGCAUCAGACAACUCACGCUAUUACCCCACACGACUCGCGACCACUCUGACAUCAGACUCUCCAGCUCUACUGAACACAUCUCUCUCAGCCAAUUCUAUGGGAGUCACGCCGACUGGCGGGAACACGGUCGUCCCUCAAGAGACGGAAAAGGGAUACAUCAUCGUCGAGACAAAUUACCGCAUAUACGCCUACACAUCCUCGCCUCUCAACAUUUCUAUCCUAUCCCUCUUCGCAAACCUCAAAACCCGCUAUCCUAACAUGUUGACCGCAACUCUGACAAAGUCAUCAAUACAACAGGCUAUUGCCGCGGGAAUCACUGCAGAUCAGAUCAUCACAUACCUGACGACACAUGCACAUCCCAUCCUCCGCAAGUCAACGCCCAUUCUGCCGCCAACAGUAGUCGACCAAGUACGACUAUGGCAGCUGGAGAACGAGCGCAUGAAAGCCACGCCUGGCUACUUGAUCAGGGAUGUUGGUACGCAAGAGGAAUACCUGAGAGCUGUGCAACACGCCGACACAAUCGGUGUCCUGACAUGGCAAAACGAUACAAGGGGCAUAUUCUUCGUGACCAAAUUCGAACAGAUGGCACAAUACUUCAAGGCGGCUGCUAGAAGGAGAAGAGAUGAUGAAGGAGGAGCAGAUGAGGCUACACCGAGAUAGUCAUGGUUGACAUGAUCCAGCAGGAAUGGUUAUGGAUUUUCCCACUCUCCGCCUUUUGUCAUGGCGUUCUGGGUAGAGAGGGCUCGAGGAUGACCCGAGCAUGCUGUUUUUUUUUCGCCAUAUCAUAGCUAGUUAUGGAAUAUCAUUAUGCAUAUAAAUACCACACGUCUUUCGAUAACAGCGAUCGAUGGCUAGCCCGC